GGUAGAGUGGGCGUGGUUUAAGCUGUCAACUAACCGAAGAACAACAAAAACAACCCGACCGCAGAGGGGGGUUCUGCUAAAGCAGGGACCGAGGCAUGUGAUCUGAUGUGGUGUUGAAAACAAUCUUUCCUUUGGUCUCUGCUACAUCAGAGGACUUGAGCCAUGGAGUCCUCUGAUGAAGAUGAGGUGCGCACCUUUGUUCAAGUCCUCAGUGAGAAGUAUAACCCUGAGAAUUUCCCCUAUGGCCAAGGCGUAGGAGUGGUUGUUCUGCCCAGGCCUCCAGGAUCCCCUGUCAAAGAUCGCCUCUUCUUGCCCAGCGCACUGGUUCUGAAUGACAGUGGAAUCAGUAAAGCUGGCAACAGGCAAGACAUCGCUGCUUCCUGCGCCCACGUGGUAGAGCUCGACCUGUCCCACAAUCAGCUGAAUGACUGGGGAGAGAUCGGCACCAUCGUUUCCAGCAUCCCACACCUGGACUUCCUCAAUCUGAGCAUGAACCCGCUAAGCGGCGUGCAGCUGGAGCCGAACAUGGCCGAGGUUUUUUCCAGGGUCCGACGACUGGUCCUCAUUAACACACAAGUCAGCUGGGACACUGUUCACACACUCACGCAGCACACACCAGAGCUGGAGGAGCUCUUCCUGUGUCUGAACGGCUACAACAGUGUGUCAGAAUCUCAGACGCCAUGCCCGUCGCUACGCCUGCUGCAGAUUACAGAUAACCAGCUGCAGGACUGGGCAGAAGUGAGGAAGUUUGGGCUGCUGUACCCCAAUUUGAGCACACUGGUGCUGGCCAAUAACAGCGUGGACUCUGUGGGAGACACCAAGGAGACACUGGAGCACCUCUUCCCCAACCUGCGUAGCAUCAACCUCAACAAUUCAGGUCUUAGUAAAUGGAUCGACAUUGAAAGGCUGAAUUUCUUUCCCAAACUGGUGGAGGUCAAAGCAAAGGGAAUCCCUUUACUGCAGUCUUACAGCACCGAGGAGAGACGUAGCCUCCUUUUAGCACAGCUGCCCUCCGUAAUGGUGCUGAACGGGGGUGCCGUGUCUAAUGGUGAGAGAGAGGAUGCUGAGAGGUUCUUCAUCAGAUACUACCAGGACUGUCCAGAGCAGGAGCGUCCCGAGAGGUACCGUAUCCUUGUGUCCAAAUAUGGCCACCUGGCUCCAUUGGCUGAGGUAGACCUGAGACCCCGCCUCACCAUGGUGGUUGUUCGCUGGGGUGACAGGGUGGAGACAGUCAGCCUGCGUCUGGAGCAAACAGUGGGUGACCUAAAAAAACACCUUAAGGGUCUGCUGCAGCUGCCCAAUGGGAUGAGGCUCUUCUACAUCGACCGAGAGAUGUGUUCAAUAUUUGGACCCGAGGAGCUGAAGUGCGGCACCCGGGCCCUGCAUUCCUACGGCAUUCGAGACGGGGACGAGAUCCUGGUAGUGCCCAGAGACAAAAGCCGCUGCAGCUCCUCGGGUCUUUGAAUCGGGAGGUUCUCCACUUUUGGAUGACUUGGAUUGGAGGAAUUGUAGAAAUGAUAAAUUACUGGAUAUUAA